AUGGAUCUGCACCACCGCCCUGUCGCCUUCUCCACCACCACACCUCUUUCUCCGCCGCUCUCUGUCACCUCCUCCCCUGCCUUUUCCCACCGCCCGGUCGCCCUUCUCCACCACCACCUCUCUCUCCAUCGCCCUUCCCAUCACCAUCACCAGAUCCGCCACGCCUUCCUCUACCACCAUACCAGAUCCGCCGCCUUCUUCUUCCCCCAACCACCUCGCAGAUCCGCCGCCCCCUCCGCUGUCUUCCCCUACCACCACACCUCUCUCUCCAUCGCCCUCCCCCACCACCAUCACCAGAUCCGCCACGCCUUCCCCCACUACCAUACCAGAAUCGCCGCCUUCCUCUUCCCCCAACCACCUCGUAGAUUCGCCGCCCUCUGCCGCCUCCUUCCCCUACACCACACCUCUCUCUCCACAGCCCUCCCCCACCACCUCGCAGAUUCGCCGCCCCCUCUGCUGCCUUCCCCCACCACCACACCUCUCUCUCCACCGCCCUCCCCCACCAUCACCAAAUCCGCAUAA